AUGUGUCUGCAAUACAUUAUCAAGUGCAGAUACUGCGGUUACUGGGAACACUACACCUGGGAUCGCUGUCGCGAUAACAGGAUUCUCCUGGAGAAGGGUUGCGCCAUAGGCCAGCCAUCGCAGCAUCCUUCUGAAUGCGAAAUGUUCCCUGAAGACAACCGACAGCGACUCAGACGCCAGAUGACGCCCUACGAGUGCCCUGUUGAAGAUUGUAAGAGCACCGCGAUUGCUAAGAAGCUCUUCGAAGAGCGUGCCAAAGUUGAAGCCGAGAGAGCGGCUGCACUGGCCAAGGCUCGUGCGGAGUGGGAAGCAAAGGACAAGGCCAGAAAGGCAGAGUUUGCAGCCAAAUACUUUAAAAAGCUGCCUGUGGUGCGAUUCAGUGAGAGACGCCAGUCCUUCUUGAAUCUUCCUGCUGCAGACUCUUCACAAAGUCGCAAUGAUCCAUCGCCUAGAGCGGAUCGCGUGCGCUGGCGUGAUGAGUAUAUCACCGCAGAAGAUUCAAGUGGCAAUAGUGUUGCCGCAUCCAUGCACAGCCAAGUUUUUGAGGAUAGCGAAGACGAUGACUUUAUAUCGGAUGAUGAAGAAGAAGAGGACGAAGAAGAAGAUGUUACGCCUUUUACUAGAUUCGACGGAGCGAUUGAUAUCAAGGGCAGCCUUGAAGGAGGCAGACGCAGAGGCAAAGCCUUUGAGUUUCACGACGACGGAAUGCCCAUUCGCACGGUGACGCCAUAG